AUUCUGAAUAAAUACAUGAAUGGCUUCUAUAUUUUCCUUUGGGCCUAUAAAAGUCCUUUUCUUUCUUUUGGGCCUUUUGACUACAAAUUAGGCCUCUAUUUUCUGUUAGUUUGGGCCUAUUUCUUCCAAUUUUCUGAUCAGAACAGCGAGCAUAAACCCCAGAUUAGAGAGGGCUUUCUCCCGGUGUCAUCUGCUGGAGCUUCUGCAGUACGAUAAUGGCUGGAAGAGAAUCAGAGUACGACGGUGCUGUGAACCCGGACCUAGUCUCCGAUCAGUCUCUCAAACUCCAAGAUCAGUCAACGCACCUUACCACCACAGCCAACGCCGCCGCUGGCGGUCUUGAAAUCACCUGCUUUAGCGAGCUAGUCGAUGACGCUACCUUCCACUUGCAAAUCAUUCGUUUCCCUAAACAGAUAUAUGCAUGGAUCGGUUGCAACUCUACGAAAUUCGGUGACUUGUACGCAGCUGCAUCGACACGACCUAGCAACACGAUCGGUGUGGCUUCCAUUCUCGGAGGUUCUUCAGAUAACACCGGGUCUGGAAUCGCUAGGCGAUUAGUGUUGAAAACUGGUCUUAACGUAAUUCUUGCUUGCAGUAUCCCAAAGAAUAGCCCCAUGCUUGAGGUUUGAUUUGUUCCUCUAUCAUUCUUUCUGUGUCUCCUUUCAUAAGUCAUAAUAAUGCAUUUGGAAGUUUCUUGUUGGUAGAAUCUUGUCAUUUUUUUUUUCUCGGGGUUAUGUUUUCACCUCGUACUGGUAUUGGAGAGAUUGUUUGUUUCAGUAUUCUCACAUUCCCUUUACAGUUUAAGAUUUUCAUUUUGCAUUUGACACAAGUUUUUAACUUUUGGCCUGAAGCCAUAUCCAGACUUGUAGGAGAACUUAAUGGAUAGUGAGGGUGUUGGGAAGACAAGCAUAUUACUGGUUAAUUGCUCUAAUAGCCGUUCUCCCUCUUUCCAAUUCAAGUAAACAUAGGAGCAUUGUCUAAUAAUUUCAUCUGCCAUGGCAUAUUCUUGCAUGCUUUGGAACAUGAUGUUGUUAAUUUCACGUUUACCCUUUUUUUCUUGGGAUUUUAGGCAAAUGCUGAAAAGAAGCUGAUGGAAAAGUUAGUCAGUUUGGGAUACACGCAGCCAAGAUAAUGGUUUGUGAGAAUUUUCUUCCAUGGAAAAAGCUUGUAUCUUCAUCGCCCUGAACAUAACAGCGAGGUGUGUCUACCUGCACCAACACCUGGUGGUUCUUUCUCCUUAACUCCACUUUAUUGUUUUGGAAAGCAAACCCCCCAAAUGACAAAAUACUGGCUAUGAUUCCGUAGUUGUUAAUGAUUUGGGUUCUAUUAUCUAUAUUUGUUAUGAGCUUUGCUAGGGAAGAUUUGUUUUUGUAACUAGUCAGUACAAAUUUUCACCUGAAGUUUUAGUUGAUGGAUCAUUGUAUUUUUAUGUUGAGGAAUUAUCGGACAAUGCUUUUUGCAGAACUUGCAUAUAAUUUUUUUUUCCUUUCUACAAGGGUGAUGUUAUUGGAAGCACCUUUUUGUCUCAUCUUUUUGUACAACUUUCACAUGUCAUUAAAUGAGUGGAUGUAUU